AUAGUUAGCGUCACUGGAAGAAGUCGAGCCUUGUGCGCGUCAGAGAAAGUGAAGUGGAAUCUCAGGGUUUGUCGGCUUGUCAAGUGAAUGUUGAAGUGAGGGUGUGUUCGCCAUUUACCUGGACGGCCAUCAGUGCUCUUGUGACUACUUUACUAAACGAGGACACAGAUACAACUGUACAUUUGUAUUUAUUGUGUUAACGCUGGCUACUCUUCUGAAGAAAGCAGGGUCCGGAUUAAAGGAUGUGAAGAAGGCUCUGAGUCGGGGCUCCAAGAUGAGUGUGACGUCAUGGUUCCUGGUCAGCAGCUCAGGUACAAGACAUCGGUUGCCACCAGAGAUGAUCUUUGUAGGCCGGGAGGAGUGCGAGCUCAUGUUGCAGUCGCGCAGUGUGGACAAGCAGCAUGCAGUCAUCAACUACAACCCAGCCACAGACGAGCACAUGGUGAAGGACCUGGGCAGCCUGAACGGGACUUUUGUGAAUGAUCUGAGAAUCCCAGACGAAACUUACAUUACCCUGAUGCUCUCUGAUGUCAUCCGCUUUGGAUAUGAUUCUCAUGUGUACAUCCUGGAGAGGAGUCAACACAAGGUGCCAGAGGAGGCUCUCAAACAUGAGAAGUACACCAGCCAGCUGCAGAUGAGUAUGAAGGCACUGGAGGCCAGGAAGAAGGAGAAGGAGAGGCAACAUGCUAAGGAGAAGACCAGAGACUCAUCCUGCUUCAAACAGGAGAAAGCCGAGCAUAAAGCUGCCCUCGCAGCAGUGGCCAGCGAGACUCCAGUGUCCAGACCCACUCCUCUGUAUGGGCAGCCGUUGUGGUGGGGGGAGGAUGAUGCUGAACACAGUGGAGGACAGCGGCCAGACGAGGACCCUGCAGAGAAUACUAAAGAGGGCUCCAGACAUGAGAUCGGCGGCUCCCUGUCAGACAGCCAGGCCAAGACAAUCUACUCACACCACAGGGAGCCAAGCUACUUUGAGAUACCCACCAAGGAGUUCCAGCAGCAGGAGCUCCAUGAGGUUCCCACUAAGGACACUGACCCCCCUUCUGUCCCUGUUCUCCCUCCAGUCCCCACCUCCACACCCCCUGUGGUGCAGAGCCACGCCUCCUUCACCAUUGAGUUUGAUGAAUGCACACCAAGCAAGAUCAAGAUCAAGGACCAUGUGACAAAGUUUUCCUUCCGCCAGCAACGCAAGCUCCCGGGUAAGGAGGCGGUGACAGCGCCCACUGAGGUGAUAUCAGCGGAGUGCAAGGUGGCUGAUUGGCUGGUCCAAAGCGAUGUGAGCAUGAUGAGGAGGAGGUCUCGGACAGAGGACAUGUUCAGCUCAAAGAGUGGCCUGCCCUUCUGCAACGAGGCUUCCACAGGCCACCACGAUGAGGAUGGGACUCGGAGUGACUCUGAGGAUCCUGUUGUAAACGGGAAACGGGCUAUACAAUUAAAGCCACCGAUGGGCCCUCACAAAUCUCUACCACCCCAGCUGACCCUCCCUAGACCCUUCACCAACCCUGACUCAGCGGAUCCUCAGUCUCACUCCCCUCCUCCAAGCCAGGACAAAACAGACCCCCAGCAGGGCUUCGUCAUUGAGUUCUUUGACGACAAUCCACGCAAGAAGCGCUCACAGUCCUUCACCAACAACACUGGCCAGCUCGACAGCCCGGCCCUCAGGAACAAGCCGGAGAAAAGGUGCGACCCCAGCACCCCCACCCAGCAGUACACCAUUCCCUUGAAGGGCCCGGGUUCUGGAGGCCCCCAGAGGGCCGGCUCCCUGAGGAGGGAGAAGAUGGAGGAUCGGAUCAGUAACGACAUCUCCUCCUGCUCCAUCCCUCCCAGGCUGUUUAGAAGUGUGGGACGCAGGUCCAAACUGGCCCAGGACUUCACGGCUGAGUUCCUGAGGGAGUCCAGACAGGAGUCUAGGCCGAGCAUGAACACAACCUGGGAGAAGAAUACGUCUCCUCUGUCUCCUACUACCAGCCCCCCACCAACAGUAGAGGCAAUAGCACCCCACUCCCACCCCCACCAGACCACACCAAGCCCCCCUCAGCCAUACCUGACUCAGACUUCAUCCUGUACCCACCAGUCUGUGCCCCUGAAAGCCCCUCUAAUGCCCAUGGCCCCACGCAGCCUGGAGGCCCCACGCAGCCUGGAGGCCCCACGCAGCCUGGAGGCCCCACGCAGCCUGGAGGCCCCACGCAGCCUGGAGGCCCCACGCAGCCUGGAGGCCCCACGCAGCCUGGAGGCCCCACGCAGCCUGGAGGCCCCACGCAGCCUGGAGGCCCCACGCAGCCUGGAGGCCCCACGCAGCCUGGAGGCCACAAGCCCCAAAGGCCUGGGGAACGAGGAGGAUGAUACCUUGAGUGAAGCAGGCACCUACACCAUUGAGACAGAGGUCCAGGAUAAAGAGGUGGAGGAGGCACGCAGCAAGAUAGAACAGGUGUUUGGUGUUGUUGAGGGGCUAGAGCAGCCCGGCCAGACUGCAGCAGCAGCAUGUAAGCCUGUUGAGUUUCAGGACAGGGAGGAGCGUAGGGAGAGUAGCUUGGUGGAUCUGAUGCCAGCUCCAGGGCAGGGACAGAAUCUGGUGCAGGUACCUGGUGGCUCUAAGUGGGUGUCUUGCUGGGCCAGCCUGGCAGACAGCUACACACACUCUGGCCCUGCCUCAGGCCUCUUCGAAAUCCCCUCACAGAUGGACCUGUCAGGAGGAGUUGGUGGGAGGACCGUCCAUCAGGCAACGCUCAGUCGGAACAUCAAUAGUGUGGAAUCGGAAGGCCCGAGUUCCAAAACACAGAGUAUUCCUUCUCAGGCACCAUCCAUGGAAAAUAAUGAGACUCCAACUCCCAGCAUUCUUAUCCAUCAGGACACUUACUCUACCUAUGAUAUCAAAGAGAGGAGCUUCAGAGUCCUUGGACCACAGGAGGACCUCCACAACCUGUCUGUACAGGACGACCUUGACCAAGACAGCCUGAGUGAUGCCAGUAAGUCAGACGACGGCUCCAUCGUGGAGCAGAGGAAGAUGCCCACACCAGAGAGGACAGACAAGAGUACAUCUCAGAGCAGUGAAAAGGAGAGGCCCACACUCCCAGCCAAGUCUACAUCAUUCUACAUUGGCUCUAAGGAGAGUGUUUCUAAACAGAAGCGGGGAUCCAGACCCAAUACACCCAGGAUUGAGAGAAAACCACCACCACAUCCCAACACACCACAGUUCUCCACAGCCACCCUGACCAAACAACAGGGUGGACAAGAAUUUCAGAAGACAGUCAAGCUCAACUCAUCAGCUCCCAAGCUUGACUACCAGGGCAGAGUCAGCCCUGAGCCCAACGAGGUGUCAGUGUCUCUGGUCAGGCAGGAGAGUUUCAUUAAGGACCAGCCAAGUGAUGCUGCGGUCACCAGACUCCCACACAUCUCCAGCCAGCCUUCUCUGAAUGACCCUGACCCUGCUGAGGCGUUCCAGGGUGUUUGCAGCCAGGACACCCACUCCUACCUCAAUGGGCCCGAGGAUGCUCUGGCUGCCCUGCUCCAGGCCCAGCCGCCUGAUGUUGUUCCUCGCCCCAUAGAUUACUCUCUGUCUGGGGAGUCUGACAUGGACUCAGCGAGCACUGCCAGCCUGCGCAACAACCAGACUGCCCCCAAGACUGGAUCCAAGAAGCCUUUGUUCACUAGUGGCCUUCAGAGGGAGAGGUCCUCUGCCAGCUCCUUCACCCAGGAGCCCAGUCGCCAGCAGUCAGCCUUCAAUCGCCUGUCCGAGAAGCGGCGGUCCCAGAGAGUGGACAGCAGCAGGAAGCCUGAACAAGACAGGAGGCUGGGAAUGAGAUGCUGUGUUGUAAAACAUGGCACCAUGGACCUGAGUGACGACCCCCAGAGCUUCAGCUUACCCUACUGGCCUGAAACCAUCUCCUCAGACCAGGAAGUCCCCCGGCCCGCUGCAUGCAAGAAGUACACCGUCCCCCUGCAGAAGGAGGAUCCCACUAAGUCCUCCAAAGUGGCACAGGCCCUAAGCCGCUCCAACAGCAUGUCUGCCCCACGGCCCACAAGAGCUUCAAUGCUUCGCCGGGCUCGCCUGGGCGAGGCAUCCGACAACGAGGUUACAGAGACAGACAGAAUCUCCCAGAACUCCCAGGAAGUCAGUGGGACCUCCAAGGCCUCCCAGGACAGUAAGAAGCAGCUCUCCAGGCUGGACAUGCUGGCUCUGCCCCGGAAGAGGACUAGCUCCUUCACCACUCCCAGUGAUACAGAGUCCUCAGCACCCAGGACAGGCUUCUCCAACCGCAGCACAGAGUCCAACAGCGGCUCUGGCCUUAAAGCCUCUGUGGCCGGGCCCAGCACUAAGCCUGCGCUAGGCAGGGCCUCUGGAGCUUCAGGCAAGCUCAUCACCCGCGUCCGCUCCAGCAGUGCCAAAUACACCAGCAGCACAGCCAGCUCUAGACGACGACAGAAAGGCUCUGACUACACCUCCACCUCCGAGGAGGAAAUUGACUCUAACCAGAGCACCCUUAAACACAAACGCUCACACACCCCCUCAGCUUCCCGCUCCCAGCCUCUCAUCCCCCCACGCCCCAAACCCCGCUCACAAGACUCGGACCAGGAGAGUCACGAGGGAGACGCCUACCAGAACUGGUCCUCUCACAGUGCUGAGAUAGCAAGACUGAGUCAGGACCUGGCUAAAGAUCUAUCCGUCCUGGCCAGGGAGAUCCAUGGUGUGACUGGUGAUGCUGAUCCUCAGAGCUCUUCUGCAGUGGAGGCCAAUACACCUGUCUCUACCAUCACCGCCAGGGAGGUGUUGGUCCAUCCCAUCCCAGAGGCUGCUGGUGUGAACUACCUUAGAGUUCCUCCUGGAUCCGCUGCAGCCAGGGACCCCGACCAAACCAUUAUGAAUGACCAGGAAUACAACUCUAAGCACAGAGGAUGGAACCAGGAAGUGGUUGUUGUGGAUGAUCUGAUGUUGAAUCCAGUGUCCCAGAUCUCUCUGGCUAUUCGAGAAAACACAGAGCAGCUAGCUGAGAAAAUAAAGGUACUAUUCCACAACAAAACUGACGUUUGGGGGGAGAUUGAAUCAAAGCUCAAUACUGAAAAUGACAUCCCUGUCCUGAAAGGCUCAAACAAGGAAAUCACAGCUAUUCUGAAAGAGCUCAGAAGAGUUCAGAGACAACUUGAAGUCAUCAACACUAUCAUUGAGCCCAGUGGAAAUCUUGAGCCAGCCAAAGCCUCCACUCCUAGUGCCGCCUCCACUCCUAGUGCCCCCUCCUCAGCCGGUUUGAAGCCAUCCAGGGCCCCUUCGAGAUACUGGAGAACCUCGGGUUCCCAGCAGGGUGGGGUUCCCUCUUCCAGCUCCAGGCCCAGUGAGAGUGUCAGGAGAUCAGUUGUGGCCUCUGAGGCAGAGAGCUACGUGGUCUGAGGUUUUGGAACACAGUGCCUCCCCUUCACUGCUACAUCACAAUUCCAGGUGUUGAGAGAGUGGAUUAGAGGGGGAAAUAGGCACUGCUAGAGAGAACUGUGGCCCCACCGCACAAAGACACUACUGUACUGUGUGUGCACUACUAGACAACUGCAAUGCGCAUUGAACUGCCAUGGUGUGAGAAAGGGGUUGUACGAGACACAAAGCCAUGCAGUGGUUAGUUCAGUCGAGGGAAAAUCACUUUAAAGGCCCAUUGCAACUGUUUUUAUAUCAAUAAAAAAACAAUUCUGGAUAACAUAUAUAAGGACCUUACUGUAAUAGAUAUAUAUUCAAAUUGACAAAAAUAACUUUUUACACAAACUAUUUCUCAAGCAAGAAUUUUGCUAGGACUGUCUGAGUGGAGAUGAAAAACUGAAAACUAGCUGUUCUUGGCAGAGGUUUGGAACUCUUUGUUAUUGUUAUUGGUCUAUUAACCAAUUUACCGCAUGGUGAUGUCACCAUGGAAAGCCGAAAUGUCCGCCCAUGCAAACCUGCUGAUUAGAAGGACCUGUCUAGAUUGUAUUUUCAACCAGCAACUCCAGGAUCAGUGUUAGUUUCAUCAGCUGUUGAACAAUAUGAUACAAAACACAUAAACAGAAUUUUGACCACACUGGGCCUUUAAGACAAGGUCAUUAUUCUGCCAUAUACCCUUGUUGAUCUCACGCUCAGAAAACUUAAGCAUACUUGCAUUUGAUUGAUUGAUUUCUAUAAUUUUAUUAAUUGGGGAAAUGUUGCCGCAAUCAGCUAGAGCACAGUAUAUUUAAAAACAGCUUGAGUAUAUUUUAUUUAAGGAAGUAUAUAUUACUAAAGUAAUUAACUAAUACAAUUAAAGCAUAUUUUGACUUUGCUUGAUUAAAUGUAUAAGUAAAGAAUUUAUAUUCUCCAGGAUUCCUUGAUGGUUUAUUCAAGACUUCAUCACUGCUUUCUUUGAAUACUCACUUUCGUUUGACUACUUUCUCCCUCUAUGGACCAGACCUAUUGAAGAAUGGCUAUUUAAUUUUAUUGAAGAAAGUAUUUAAUUGUAAUGAUUUAUAUAUUAUUAAAGAGUUUAUAAAUUUGCACUUGGACACUUGCUUUUGCGCAAAUAGAAUGUUAUUUUCCUGGUCUCUUAAAUGACAUUGAGGCAUUUUUUAAAUGAAAUGUAAGAAUGGCUCUAGGAGUCAUUGCUUUACAAGGUAUCUCAUGUUGCCAGUAGAAACUUUUGUGUAUGUAUUCUCUAGAGUCAAAGGUAGACAUCAGGUCUGCUUCCUCAUGCACUAUCUGACACUAUAGAUUUCCUUGUUCUCAGAACUGAAAGUCUGUGUGGAAUGUAUGUAUGUAUGGUUGGGUGGGCAGGGCUGGGGGGCUUAGUGCUGGGGUAGAACGUUUGUUUUAAUCACCUAGCAACAGCCAACUGCUGUAUCUGCGUAGCUCAGCCCAGAGAUUUUAGGCUUUGAAACAGAAUAAAACAAAGGACUCAUUCAGGGCUUCUACCAGCUAGCGCCAUUUGGAAAGUGUGUUUGUAUUGCUGAUAGGUUUGAUUGUCAUAACUGGUCAGUUGAUUGCACAGCUUUCAAUAAUGUGGUCAGACAUACAGUGAGCUCUAAAAGUAUUGGGACAGUGACACAUUUGUUGUUUUGGCUCUGUACUCCACAGCACUUUGGUUUUGACAUGAUAUAAUGACUAUGAGGUUAAAGUGCACACAACUUUAAUUUGAGGGUAUUUUCAUCCAUAUCGAGUGAGCCAUUUAGAAAUUACAGCACUUUGGUUUUGACAUGAUAUAAUGACUAUAGAGUGAACCAUUUAGAAAUUACAGCACUUUGUACAUAGUCCCCCAUUUUAGGGGACCAAAAGUGUUGAGACAAAUUCACUUGUGUAUUAAAGUUGUCAAGUUUAGUGUUUGGUCCCGUAUUCAUCGCAUGCAAUGACAAUGAUUAUAUCAAGCUUGUGAAUCUACAAUGUUGUUGGAUGCAUUUGCUGCUUGUUUUGGUUGUGUUUCAGAUUAUUUUGUGCCCAAUAUAAUGAAUUGUCAUUUUGGAGGUACUUUAAGAACAUAAUGUUUCCAAACACUUCUACAUUAAAUGUGGAUGAUACCAUGAUUACUGCUAAUCCUGAAUGAAUUGUGAAUAAUGAUGAGUGGGAAAGUUACAGAUGCACAAAUCAUACCCCCCCCCCACCAAAAUGCUAACCUCCCCUGAUAUUGUAAUGGUGAGAGGUUUGUGUGUCUUGGGGUAUGAUAUUAUCAUGGUAGCAUCCACAUUUUAAUGUAGAAGUGUUUAGAAAUAUUAUAUUGUUAUUUACAAUAAAAGUGACUAUAUAAAAUUACACCGUACAUUAUUUAUCAUUCAUUUCUUUUGGGCACAAAAUAAUCUGAAACGUAUCCAAAAUAAACAGCAAAUGGUUUUGGUCCCCUAAAAUGGGAGGACUAUGUACAAAAAGUGUUGUAAUUUCUAAAUGGUUCACCUGAUAUGAACAAAAAUACAUUCAACUUAAAGUAGUCAGUCUGCACUUUAACCUCAUAGUCAUUGUAUCAUUUCAAAUCCAAAGUGCUGGAAUACAGAGCCCAAACAACAACAACAAAAAGUGUCACUGUCCCAAUACUAUUGAAGCUCGCUGUAUCUCAGGGCAGUGUACUUUCUGUCCCCUUCUUGAUUCCACAGUUAUACAUUAAAUCAAAAUGUCAUGCUAUAUGUACAUAUCUAAGACUUGAUGAUCUAGAGAUGACCACACCAUCUUGUAUUUUGCACUAGUGUAGUACAAUUGGGACCCUUUAAUAUUAUGCUGAGAAGCUACACAUUAAGCCACCUUUUUUUUUACUAAGGGGGAUGCUCUCAUUCUGUUAGAUUGUAUAAAUGAUAUCCUGUCCGGAAGGAAAGGAGACUGAAAAUGCAAUAAAAUAAAGGGACUACAGUCCACAAGUGCUUGUCCUUUUCCCAACAGUUUGUGUAGCUGUAUAUGAAAUUGUAAAAGGAAUUUCCCUCAGUGCCACAAAGCCUUUUGGGAUAUAUGGUUUCAUACCACAAAGUACAGUUCUUGUUUACACCCAUGGGCUCAGUUAAAUCUGUCUCUGAGGUUUUGAUUGCUAUGACACAAAGUGCUGCUGUUAUUCUGCUUUGUGGGCGUUUUAUUAUAUUUAUCCAUCAAAAGCUCCAGUUAAACACUUUAAUUGAGAAAUAUCUUGAUGUCAUAUGUGAGUCAAAUGUUGUAUACCUAGCUCAUAUCCCUUUAAAGUCAUCAGUCACCAUGGUUUGUUUUUUGGGUUGGUUGGCUCUUGCACCCUAAAAGUAAUGUUAAGUUCCACAUCCUUCAGCAUCUGUUAUGUUUUCCAGAAUGAAUUUAUUGGAAAGGUUAUACAUUUUGUGCAAAGUUUAGAGAAUGUGAUAACAUGUUGUAAUAAAGACAUUUGUAAUCAA